AUGUCAACACCGGAGGAAUCACCAGCUCAGCGGGCCUCACGCCUGCGACGUGAGCGUCGCGAGGCCAAAAUCAAGGAGGGAGGCUCAGCGCGCCUGGACAAAAUCACCAGUCUGAGUGGACGCACUCCUCAAUCUGUCCGCGAAGAAGCCUCACCAUCUCCGCAGCCAGCCAUCUCCCCAUCUCCAUCGCCAGUCCCUCAAAACCGUCCUUCGCCAUCCCCGCAACCAAGCAUGUCAUCGAAUGAAGCCAUCCAAGCGCAACAAGAAGCCUUCCGAGCCAUGCUUCGACAGUCCGCACCCGACCAAGGACAAGGUCCGCAAGGCGAGGACAUGGAAGACCCCACGAUGAAGCUCCUCAGCUCCCUUCUCGGCAACAUGCAAGGCGAUCCCAAUGCAUCUCCCGGCGCUCCCGGUGCUCCCCCGGGUGCCGUGCCCGAACAACAAUCCGGCCUGUCCCCGGGCGUGAUCGCAUCCAUGCUCGGCGCACCACCCUUCCUCGCCAACAUGCUCGGCGCAGCCACCCAGAAACCGACGGAGCAGGAGAAAAAGACUAUUCGAGUGUGGAAGGGGCUGCAUAUCGUUUUCGCCAUAGGUAUUGCAGUCUAUCUGCUUUUCGUCAUUGGUGCGUCGGUUGCGACAUUUGGAAGCCCGCCCCCGAAACCUGCUACGGCCCAGAACCCGUUCUUGAUUUUCGUUACCGGGGAGGUUCUCUUGACAAGUGGUCGCGUAUUAAUUGGUGGGAAACCUGGCGGGAUUGGUAUGGUUAUGCAGCUUUUCAAAGAUGUGGUACGCGAUGGUAGCCUGGUGCUAUUUGCACUGGGUCUAGGAGCCUGGUACACGCGCGAGUGGCAGACAAUUGCAUGA